UGACCUCAUAGGCAGGGUGGUGGCAGAGUGAGGGAGUCAGAUCAGGUUCGCUCCCUUUUCAGUCUGAAAAUUCGAAAGCAGUGGGGAAGAAAAGCUGGACCUAUCACAGAGAUGCUAACAGACAGCCUAUUACAGUAUUUAAUAAAAACAGAAGCAGCAUGCCUGUCAUAGGCUAAUAAAUCCUACCUCCUGCACGCUUUUAAAAAACAGUCUGAACGGGCUUCCACAGAGCUUCCGAGAACUAAUCUUAAGCAUGGCUGUCUAGAGUGCCCGUCACUCCUAUUGUCCUUCCAAACUCUUGCAGACAUUUUGAGCGAGGAGUAUUAAAGCCAUGAGUUAGCGAGGGUGUGACAUCAAUGGUCCACAAAGGCUGCCAGCGCGAAGGGUAAAGAUGAGUACCGGCGGCUGUGUGGAGGACUUUACCGGAUCGCUGUCAUUAAAAAUUAAGCGUGGCUUUUGAGGAAGAUGUGACAACUACCGGAGUGAUUUAUUUGAUCCUGUGUGCUGCUUGGGAACAGUCUGCGAGGCCGUGUUUAGACAACUCAAGGUCUUUCUGCCACUCCCACCGGACUUCCACCGUGAGGAAAGGCGCUGCGGGACCAACAUCCUCUAAGAUGUUUAUAUGGACCAGUGGCCGGACCUCUUCAUCUUAUAGACAUGAUGAGAAAAGAAAUAUUUACCAGAAAAUCAGGGACCAUGACCUCCUGGACAAGAGGAAAACUGUGACAGCGCUGAAGGCUGGAGAGGACCGGGCUAUCCUUCUAGGACUGGCCAUGAUGGUGUGCUCCAUCAUGAUGUACUUCCUGCUGGGGAUCACACUGCUGCGCUCUUACAUGCAGAGUGUGUGGACAGAAGAAGCCCAAUGCACCCUGCUGAAUGUGUCCAUCACAGAAACAUUUAACUGUUCCUUCAGCUGUGGGCCAGACUGCUGGAAGCUCUCUCAGUACCCUUGCCUACAGGUGUACGUGAAUCUGAGUUCUUCCGGGGAGAAGCUCCUCCUCUACCACACCGAAGAGACCAUGAAACUCAAUCAGAAGUGUUCCUAUAUUCCGAAGUGUGGAAACAACUUUGAAGAGUCUAUGUCCCUGGUGAGUGUCGUCAUGGAAAACUUCAGGAGACACCAGAAUUUCCCUUGCUAUUCUGACCCAGAAGGAAACCAGAAGAGUGUCAUCCUGACCAAACUCUAUAGCUCCAAUGUGCUGUUCCAUUCUCUCUUCUGGCCGACAUGUAUGAUGGCUGGGGGCGUGGCAAUUGUUGCCAUGGUGAAACUCACUCAGUACCUCUCUCUGCUCUGUGAGAGAAUCCAACGGAUCAAUAGAUAAAAGGAAAAAAAUCAUGGAUAAGAUAUUUUUCUUUAAAGCUCAAAUACUGUUUUCUUUCAUUCUUCACCAAAGAACCUUAAGUUUUGAAUGUGCAGUCUGUUAUGGGUUCCUUAAUGUAUUAUUCUAAGUAGAGCAAUAACACAAAUGCUGUCCUAUAUGCAAACAUGAUGUCCUUAUUAUUCAGGAGAAUUAACUGUUCUUUGUCAGUAAGUUGUUUCAUUAUCUUGUUUUGAGGCUGGAACUAAUCCAUCAUUCCCUUUCCACCAGAAUAGGACUCAACUACUCAUGGCUAAGUCUUGUGGGGGAAUGGAGGCACUGUCCUGUGACAAGGUCUGUGUUCUGUUUUUCCAGACCUCUUGAAGACCAGAUUUUUCUUCAUUUGCUGUUUACUAAAGCUACAGCCAAAAACAUGUUUUUCUUUUCUUAUUCUACAUUGAGCCCUGUAGCAAGUGAAGGGGUGAUUUCUGACUAAAGUAUAUUAAACAUUG